AUUAGGGUUUUGUCUGAACAAGAAGAAUAUAACGAAAUUUUAUACACUUCAAAAACCCCUCGUUUUUCAGCAGAUCGCCGCCGACUACGGUGCCAGUGACCGGUAACUAUGGUGCAUGUCAACUUUUACCGCAACUAUGGGAAGACCUUUAAGAAGCCUCGACGCCCAUAUGAGAAGGAGCGAUUGGAUGCGGAGUUAAAGCUUGUUGGAGAAUAUGGAUUGAGAUGCAAGAGGGAACUUUGGAGAGUUCAGUAUGCCUUGAGCCGUAUCAGAAAUGCUGCAAGAAUGCUUUUGACAUUAGAUGAGAAGGACCCACGUCGUAUUUUUGAAGGUGAAGCACUCUUGAGAAGGAUGAACAGAUACGGAUUAUUGGAUGAGAGCCAGAACAAGCUUGAUUAUGUCUUGGCUCUUACCGUGGAGAACUUUCUUGAGCGUCGUCUCCAAACCCUUGUCUUCAAGACUGGCAUGGCCAAGUCAAUCCACCAUGCUAGAGUGCUGAUUAGGCAAAGGCAUAUCAGGGUCGGAAGACAGGUGGUGAAUGUUCCAUCCUUUAUGGUGAGAGUCGACUCACAGAAGCACAUUGACUUCUCUCUCACUAGUCCUUUCGGUGGUGGUCGCCCUGGAAGAGUGAAGCGAAGGAACCAGAAAGCUGCUGCAAAGAAGGCAUCUGGUGGGGAUGGAGAUGAGGAAGACGAAGAAUGAUCACCUAUUUUCAUGUGUUAACGCCUAUAUAGGACUCUCUUGUAUUGCAAAUUUUAAGUGAAUUUCUUAGUGUGAAUUUUGCACUUUAGGCUUUGGACUAAAUUCACUUUAAGUUGACCUGGUUAUUAAGGGGGAACUAUUUCUGGUUAUGAAUAUGAUCUAAAUUC